UUUUUUUUUUUUUUUAUUAAAAAGAAAUUGAAAAUAUGAUAAGUACUGAUUCUUCAGUACUUUCAUUAGAAUCUGUAUUAGAUGACCCGAAUUCUGACAUGUUUAAAGAAUUUACAGACUAUUUACACCAAUCGUAUUGUAUCGAAAAUUUGUCCUUUUGGAUAGCUGUACAAGAUUACAUGAAAGAAUGUAACCAACAACAAAAGCUAUGUGAAGCCAUGAUUAAUCUUUAUAUCCGACCCAACUCACCUCAAGAAAUCAACAUACCUUGUGAUAUGCGACAGACCAUUCUCGAUCUAUAUCGUCAGGGAAAUUAUCACGCCCAUUUAUUUGAUGAAGCAGCAGAGGCUGUUCUGGAACUUAUGAGAGUGAACUCAUUCUUACCUUGGAUGACUUCACACUUGAUAGUAUCUUCCUCAUCUUCAACGACCUCUUCUUCUUCCCUUGAUAACCGUAAGAGUUGGUCAAGUAAAAAAGGGAUAUUUCAUACUAUCUCUACACACUCAUUAUCAGACAGCAAAUGGUUUGUUAAACUAAAGCAGUCUUCUCGUACUUCAAUGGAUUUCCAUGAUCAGCCUAUUGAUAACCACAGGGUCUCGGUUACCUCGGCAACUUCUUCAGGUACUCGGUAUAGAUCCAUGUUAAAACGGGUAAAAAAGACACUACUUGGUUUUCAAUCUGAUGAUAAACAUACUCUUUCGGACUCUCAUUGGACUUCAUCUCAACGAUAAUCCUCUCUCUCUCUCUCUCUCUCUCUCUCUCU